AUGGCACCCAGUGGACUCAAAGCAGUGGUGGGAGAAAAGAUCAUGCAUGAUGUUAUCCGCAAAGUGAAGAAGAAAGGAGAAUGGAAGGUGCUGGUGGUGGAUCAGCUCAGUAUGCGCAUGUUGUCUUCAUGCUGCAAGAUGACCGAUAUCAUGACAGAAGGGAUUACAAUUGUCAAAGACAUUAACAAAUGAAGGGAACCAAUCCCCAGUCUGGAGGCGGUGUAUCUGAUCACACCUUCUGAGAAGUCUGUUCACUCUCUCAUCAAUGAUUUUAAAGAUCCUCCUUCAGCUAAAUACAGAGUAGCUCACGUCUUCUUUACUGACUCCUGCCCUGACACCUUGUUUAAUGAGCUGGUCAAGUCUCGGGCAUCCAAAGUUAUCAAGACCCUCACUGAGAUCAACAUCGCAUUUCUCCCUUCUGAGUCCCAGGUGUUCUCCCUGGAUUACCCAGACUCCUUCCACAGUUUUUACAGCCCCCACAAGGCACAGAUGAAGAACCCUAUCCUGGAGCGCCUCGCUGAGCAAAUUGCCACUUUAUGUGCCACUCUGAAAGAGUACCCAGCUGUGCGCUACCGUGGAGAUUACAAGGAUAACGCAAUGCUUGCGCAGCUGAUCCAAGAUAAACUGGACACUUACAAAGCUGACGACCCUACCAUGGGGGAGGGUCCAGACAAAGCUCGCUCACAACUUAUCAUUUUGGACCGUGGGUUUGAUCCAUCUUCACCAGUCCUACACGAGUUAACCUUCCAGGCCAUGAGCUAUGACCUCCUGCCUGUAGAGAAUUAUGUCUACAAAUACGAAACAAGUGGUAUUGGUGAAAAUCGAGUAAAGGAGGUCCUUCUAGAUGAAGAUGAUGAGCUCUGGAUGACCCUGCGUCACAAGCACAUUGCCAAAGUGUCCCAGGAAGUUACUCGCUCACUAAAGGACUUCUCUUCCAGUAAACGGAUGACCACUGGUGACAAGGCCACCAUGAGGGAUCUUUCCCAGAUGCUGAAGAAAAUGCCUCAAUAUCAGAAGGAGCUGAGCAAGUACUCCACUCACCUACACCUGGCGGAAGACUGCAUGAAGCACUACCAAGGCACUGUGGACAAACUCUGCCGCGUGGAACAGGACUUGGCAAUGGGCACUGAUGCUGAGGGGGAGAAGAUUAAAGAUCCUAUGAGGGCAAUUGUUCCAAUCUUAUUGGAUGGAAAUGUCAGCACCUACGAUAAGAUACGCAUCAUUCUCUUUUACAUCUUCCUUAAGAACGGCAUCACUGAGGAGAAUCUAAACAAGCUGAUCCAGCAUGCCCAGACCCCACCAGAAGACAGCGAGAUUAUCACCAACAUGGGUCAUUUAGGUGUCCCCAUCAUCACUGAUUCCACACUCCGACGCAGAAGCAAACCUGAUUGCAAGGAGAGAAUUAGUGAACAGACCUACCAGUUGUCUCGAUGGACCCCAGUGGUCAAAGAUAUCAUGGAGGACACCAUUGAGGACAAGUUGGAUACAAAGCACUAUCCUUACAUCUCUACACGUUCCUCUGCUUCAUUCAGUACAACAGCUGUAAGUGCUCGCUACGGACACUGGCAUAAGAACAAGGCUCCAGGGGAAUAUCGUGCCGGACCUCGCCUGAUUAUCUUCAUCCUGGGAGGAGUGGCCCUUAGCGAAAUGCGUUGUGCAUACGAGGUGUCACAGGCUAGCGGCAAGUGGGAGGUCCUAAUAGGAUCUACUCAUGUUCUCACCCCUCUCUCAGAAACUCUUGGAUUCUUUGAAGAGGUUGAAUAA